CAAGCGAAAAUGUUAAAAAAAAUAUAUCAUAGUUUUGUAUAAAAGCUUUUGGUCUAGCUCAAAUGGUCAGUAGUAAUCCUCCUGCUAAACCAAAUUCAUCAUGAACUCUCUCGUAGCCGUUGUUUUCUUCGCCGCUGUUGCUGCCGCCAGUGCUGGUGUCAUCCACCCAGCAGGGUUAGUAGCUAGCACCUACAGCGCACCAGCAAUUGUAGCUCCAGUAGCUACAGCUUAUGGUGCUCCUCUUGCUCAUCAUCAUUUGGCCUACUCUGCUCCCCUCGGACAUGUUGCUUCUGAAGACACCGUUGUAGCUGGACCUUCCGGAACUGUUGCCACCUCCAAGACCAUUGGUGCCCCAGCUGUAGCUGCCACCUAUGCUGCACCCCAUGCCUAUUCUUAUGCUGGAGUACCCCAUGCCUAUUCUUAUGCCGGAGUACCCCACGCCUACUCUUAUGGAGCCAUUCCCCAAGCCUAUUCUUACGGAGGACUUUACUACUAGAUUUUAGAUAUUAAAUAAAAGCUCAAUAUUCA